AUGGGCGAAGAGCGCUUGGCGGCCAGCACCGAAAUAAACAAGGCACCGCAGCCAGCGUUCUUGAAGAAGACUCCUAAAGAGCUUAACAUUGGCACCUGGGAAUCGAUUCAUACGAUUGAACAGACUACAACGUUGAUUGAGAUUCUCGAUCGUUUUCUCACGCAUCGAAUUUCAGCGUUGCCCGUAGUGUCAUCAGAAGGCAAGGUAGUCGAUAUCUACGCGAAGUUCGACGUUCUGAACCUUGUUGCGGAUACGUCGUUCGAUAAUUUGGACAUUACCGUCAAAGAGGUGCUAAGCCGUCGUUCUCAGUGGUUCGAAGGAGUUCGCAAUUGUACAGACACGGACAGCUUGGAAGCGGUCAUUGAUUUAUUGGUAAAAGCAGAGGUUCAUAGAUUAGUUAUCGUCAAUAUCCGGAAUGAAGUGAAGGGCAUCGUUUCUUUGUCAGAUAUUUUAUCGUUUUUGGUAUUCAAGUCUGAAGGUACGAUUAGACCGUUUGUUUUCGUUAGACUUAUUGUUUUGUUCCAGAAGUAG